AUGGAUCCGCCGCACGCUGAAAGCAAACGAUUUGAGGCAUAUGUCAAGUCCAAGUGCAUUCAAAACACGGCACUGUCGGAAACACUCUGCUUUGGUUGUUCCACUUACAUCACAGAGCUCCCCAGUCCCAGACCAGAGCCGUCAUCGUCCAAUGGCGUGGUGCCGUUCUGUUCCCCCCCACACUCACUGCUGCAGACUGCACUCCCGUCUGAACAACAGAGCUACAUUUGCCUGCGAGGCUCGAGAGUGAGGCCCGCGACACCCAGAGACCCAGUCCCUUCACAUUACGUGCGGCGGGACAAGCGGCAGUGA